CCGCGUCUUGCCGAGCGCCCGGACUCGGUGCCCUGGCAAUGCGCGCUGAAUGUAUCUGGCUCCGCUGGAUCCCCGGUUUCCUCUCAUAGAUGUAAUACAGGAUCUCCGUAUGUGAGAGAAGUUAACAGGACACUGCAUGUAGCGGUGCCUCUCGAGUCGGAUUUAUAUAGGUCUGUGUCGCGAAAUUCCAAAUUAAAGACAGGAGCCCGCUUCACUGGGGGCAAAGUAAAAAGUGUGCUUUCUGACUGACAGAUAUUUUCCCAGUCUGCAGAGCAAGAAAAAAGUGGAAAGGCACUGAGCUACACGGGGCUGCUCUCCUGCCCGGAUUUGCUUGAACCUGGAAUCGUUCGAGGACCGAAAACGGAUUAAUAAGUGCACAAUGUGGAGAAUGCGAGCCGUUUUUUACACUUUCUCGCUGCUCUGCCUGUCUGCGGGAGCAGAUGUGAAAGCAGGGAGCUGCAGUGAGGUUAGACAAGCCUACGCCGCUAAAGGCUUCAGUCUCGUCAAUGUUCCACACCAGGAAAUAUCAGGUGAGCACCUGCGCAUCUGUCCGCAGGGAUAUACCUGCUGCACGUCGGAGAUGGAGGACAGUCUGAGUCAGCAGAGCAAGCUGGAGUUCGAGAACUUGGUGGAUGAGACAAGUCACGACCUGAGGAGCACCUUUGUGUCCAGGCAUAAAAAAUUUGAUGAAUUUUUCCUGGAGCUCCUGGAGAACACAGAGAAGUCGCUGAACGACAUGUUUGUACGGACCUACGGCAAGCUGUACAUGCAGAAUUCCGAGGUCUUCCAGGACCUCUUCACGGAGCUCAAGCGCUACUACACCGGUGGCAACGUCAACCUGGAGGAGAUGCUGAAUGACUUCUGGUCCCGGCUCCUAGAACGCAUGUUCCAGCUGCUCAACUCCCAGUUUCAGUUUAGCGAUGACUACCUGGAGUGCAUCAGCAAGUACACGGACCAGCUGAAGCCCUUUGGGGACGUGCCCCGGAAGCUGAAGGCCCAAGUGACUCGUGCCUUUAUUGCGGCACGUACCUUUGUCCAGGGCCUCAUGGUUGGCCGAGAGGUGGCCAAUAGAGUCUCUAAGGUCAGUUUGAUCCCAGCCUGCAUCCGAGCCCUAACAAAGAUGCGGUACUGCCCUUACUGCCGCGGCAUGCCUCAGGAGAAGCCCUGCCGCAACUACUGCCUGAACGUCAUGAAGGGUUGCCUUGCCAACCAAGCAGAUCUGGACCCGGAGUGGAACCUCUUCAUCGAUGCCCUGUUGCUGGUGGCGGACAGGCUGGAGGGACCCUUCAACAUCGAGGCCGUCAUGGAGCCCAUCGACGUCAAGAUCUCAGAGGCCAUCAUGAAUAUGCAGGACAACAGCGUGCAGGUGUCCUCCAAGGUUUUUCAAGGAUGUGGGCAGCCAAAGCCUGCAGUGAAUGGCCGCUCGAGCCGCGGCAUCUCGGACGUGUUCAACGCCCGCUUUAGACCUUACAGCCCGGAGGAGAGGCCCACCACAGCGGCCGGCACAAGCCUGGACAGACUGGUGACUGACGUUAAGGAGAAGCUGAAGGAGUCCAAGAAGUUCUGGUCCACCUUGCCUGAUGGCAUCUGCAAGGAGGCGGGAGUGACAGCUGGCGUGGCCGAUGACGACCAGUGCUGGAAUGGGCACACGAAGGGCAGGUAUUUCCCCGAGGUGUCCAAAGAUGGUUUGACCAACCAGAUAAACAACCCCGAGGUGGAGGUGGACAUCACACGGCCGGACACUUUCAUCCGCCAGCAGAUCAUGGCUCUGCGAGUGAUGACCAACAAGCUGAAGAAUGCAUAUAACGGCAAUGACAUCUACUUCCAAGAUUCCAGCGACGAGGGCAGCGGUUUCGGGCGCAGCGGCAGCGGCUGCACAGAGGCAUGCGUGACGGAGCUGCAGCUGGUCAGCACCAGGCCCCUGUGGCGGAUGACGACGGGGAGCGCGGAGCAAGCAGCGGGAAACACCAGCACCGCCGCACACUCAGCCCCCUCCCUGGCUCUGGCCGCUGGCUUCGCCCUCACGGCUCUGGCCCUGCAGAGGCAGUGGAGAUAAUGGCAGUUGGACUGCUGCCUCGGACAGCAGGGAUUUGCUGUUACGCUCCCCAACAACCAGGAUGACAACCCUGGAGAUCAGUUAGAAGAAUUGGUACAGGAGGGUUCAGACCUGCUUCUUGCUUUUCCUUGUUUUUUCCUCCCCAAAGAGCAUUGGAGCUCCACGGACGUCCUCUGACAGGCCACCUUCCAUGACUGCGCAGAGAUGCUCUCCGGGACAGCGUAGCGUUUCAAAACGUUUUUGUGAGAAUUAAAUAGGUAAAUUCUUUUCUUUCUGCACCAGAGGAGAUACCAGAGGUCUUACGGAGAAGCACGGGGCGCCCAGCACCCCCCAGCGCACUCCGAACCUAACACAGAAACGUGAGGGGGAAAAAAAUCAUACGCAACACUGUGAGAAUGAACAGGGACGUCAUCAGGUAAAACCUGCAGUGAUAUGAGCUCAAUACUAGUCCUUUUAAAUCCUUUAAGUUAAAACCAGACAAAAGAUCAUUUAAAGAGCUGAACAAGAUACAAAAGUACAUGCCUGUUUCUGCAAAAAAAAAUAUAUUUAGAAUUCAAAGCAGGCGAGCAUUCUGAUUAUGUAUUUUUCUAAAUUUGCACAGAUUUGAUGAAGUACAUAGAUUCAUAUAUUUUAGAUGCUAUGAAAGAUUACACAUCUUUUAGUAAAUGGGAGCUCAUAUCUGAUCAGGUCUUUACUAAUGACUACUUUGUGCUCCUUUAAAUGCAGACGCUGAUUGGUUUUCUACCUUAAAAAAAUAUGAUUUGUGAUGUUCUCGUUCCCUGAGCAGUAAAGAGCACCAUCAGAGUAAAGCAUGGUAAAAAGGCAGGUCCAUCAUGAGGCUGCUUUUUGGUCUGGAUGUAUUAUGAAUCGAGGCAGAGGAAGUGUGAUCUCCCAUAAUGCACCUGGCUGAAGCGUUUUACAAUAAAUGCUGCGGGGUGUUUAAACUCUUCUGCUAAUGUCAUCGUGAAGGAAGCAUGCUGAUUCUGUCCUCCUCCCUGCUCUAUCCUCUUCCUGCCGACAUGAACAUGCCCAAAGCAGUGGUCCACAUGGCAAACACAAUGGCCGUUUAAUAUGUGUAUUUUUUUAAAGAGGAAAUAUCCGUGCUGAGAAUCUGAAGAGGCCUCAGUCUGUCACUGAACAGGAGCAGAAAAUGUGUUUCUCCCUUUCGGUCUGGUAUUUUAUCAUCUAUUUUUAUAAUCACAGAUUUUAACUUAUAUCUAUUAGCUCAGGGUUGACAUGUCUGUAAACAUGCAAGGUGUAUUGUCAACCUUUUCGUUUGGUCAUUGCCAUUUUUGUGUUUGUCUGGAUUAGUUUUGUUUGGUUUGUUGAUCAUCUGCUAAACUGGCCUUCAUGCCGAGGCUCACCAGCUUUUCCAGACGUGUUGAAGGCUUUGCUCACCCUUCCUGGCCCUGACUGCAGGCGGGCAGUAAUGCUACUGAAUGGGGGGCCGUUUCUAUCUCUGUCUCUGUGCAUGACCACAAGAACUUUACAAAAAACAAAACUUGCCUUUUUUUUGUGGACUACGUUAUAAGAAGUUUCUAUUAAAAAAAAUAAAGUUAAGCUCUUUAUGUAAGAUCAAUUUUUUAGGAAGACACGUUAUUUAGAAUGGAAUUGAAAUGGUACGAAGGGGAAAAAGAAAAUAAUUUUAAUAAAAUGAACUAUAUAUGAAAUGUAUGAAGUACCACAACAAGUGAUGAUUUCAUGGUAUUUUUGCAGUAUUAAUUAUUCAUUCUCCAUUGUGUUUAAGUUUAAUGUAUGAAGCUUUUAUAAAUGCGAUUUUGUCGCCAAAACUAAUUAAGAAAUAGAUAUUUCUUUUAAGUCUUUUAAAUUUUUAAAUAUAUCUUUGAACUGAGAACAUGUGUACUGGUAAGUGCUUACUGUCUCUAUGGAAACAGCAUCUCUUGAAGAUAAGGAUGUUUUUGUCAGGAGGAGGUUAACAAGAUUAGAUUUUUUAUCAGGUUUGUUACAGCUGCUUUUCUGGGUCAAAUUACCAAAUUAUUGCCGAAAACAUGACGACAAUUCCAAGACGUAUGAAAGAGACACUGCAGCAGAUCCUGCUGAGGGCAGUGGUGUGCUGGGAAAGUCAAAAAUUACACAGAAAUGCAGGAUUGGUGGCUGUAGAUCCCCUCCUUCUUAAGCUCCCCCCACCAACUCACAUUGUCCUUCCAAGGAGGAAAGAGGGGGCCCUUAGUCGGCCCUUAGUCGGCCCUUAGUCGCUUUUGAAAAUGAGAAAAUUCCUGUUGCAGCGCAGAUUGGCUUCAGUGAGUGACCAGCCAUGGGUUCCUUGACUAUAGAAUGUCGUGAAUUACUGAAGAAGGCUUUUUCUUUAAUCUUAUUCCUCCAUUGAAAGCCAGUCGGGAAACUGAAAUAUCAAGUGACUGCAUUCUUCAUACAGACACACGUAAAGCACCUGACAUUAUCACGCACCCUCCUAUCUAUAUGUCUCUAUGGCUAAAGCCCCCCCAAAAAAAAAGGUUCAUCGUAUGUGUUGUACAAGCUUGCUUUGUAACUCAUUUCAGCC